AUGGCAGGCAGCUCUGCCCCGAAACCUCGUGACCAUGCAACAGAUAGGUCACCAACACAAGGCUUGUUGGCCCCGGACGACGAACGAGACUCCAUCGAGGACCCUGCGCCGACAUAUCCCCGGAACCCAGCGUCGAAGACGUCCCCCCAGAGCUUCACUCCGCGGUCACUGUUGGUUGGUCUCAUUAUCGGGGCCCUCAUAACCUUCUCCAACACCUACUUCGGCCUGCAGACGGGAUGGAUCAGCACGAUGGCCAUGCCCUCGGCCCUGAUCGGCUUCUCGGUCUUCAAGGUGCUCUCGAAGUACCUGUCCUUUCCAUUCACGCCAAUCGAGAACGUUUUGAUCCAGACUGUUGCCGGCGCGGUGGGUACGAUGCCCCUCGGCUGCGGGUUUGUGGGUGUGAUCCCUGCAUUGGAGUUCCUGCUCAAGGACGGUGAAGACGGGCCUUUAGGCGAUGGCGGGGAAGGCGAAGGGGGCCCGUUGAAACUAGGGUUUUGGAAACUGGUUCUCUGGAGCUUGGGCGUGUGUCUAUUCGGUGUGGUCUUUGCUGUACCGCUGCGGAAGGAAGUGAUCGUGCGGGAGAAAUUACGGUUCCCGAGUGGCACCGCCUCUGCGCUGAUGCUCAAGGUCCUCCAUGGGGCUGGGAAAGAUGAUGAGAAGCUUGAAGCGCCUGAAAUCCCGUUGAUGAGGGACCAGGAAGACUUGGAUGGUGCUGCUCAUCGACCACUAGAGGCACAGGAGACGGGGUGCCUCGUGCAAGAUGCCGAUACCGAAGCUCAAACCGCCGCUCAAAGGAAGGACUGGCAGUCAAAGAUGCGUCUUCUCAUCGGGGCAUUUGCAUUUUCCGGUGUUUAUACACUUUUCUCAUACUUUGUGCCGUUGGUUCGCGACAUUCCGCUAUUCGGCGUGUCAAUUGCCCACAACUGGCUGUGGACUCUCAAUCCUUCCCCCGCUUACGUUGGCCAAGGAAUCAUCAUGGGCCCGUCGACAUGUAUGCAUAUGCUCUUCGGGGCCGUCUUGGGAUGGGGCAUUCUGUCUCCGCUGGCCAAGGCCCGCGGCUGGGCCCCAGGGCCCGUGCAGAGCUGGGAAGAUGGGAGCAAAGCAUGGAUUGUGUGGAUUUCACUGGCCAUCAUGCUUGCCGACUCCCUUGUCAGUCUUGGGUGGCUGGUUAUCAAACCUCUAGUAAACCGCGCGCCCAGAUGGACUGCCCAGCUCGGAUCCACGCGCUUCGGUCGAUGGGUUGCGCUGAGACUGCAACCAUCAGGGGCACAUGAUCACUCAUACAUCAGUUACUCUUCCCUCGACUCUGGCCAUGCGCGUCUCGAUGACCGUGUCGCCAUUGGCGAAGAAGAGGACGAAGACGCCCCGCCGUCCCAACUCAUCUCCACCCGCACCGUCGUACUACUGCUCCCAUUAACGCUCAUACUGAACGUUGUAUGCAUGCACAUUGUCUUCGGCGACAUCAUAUCCCCUCUUCUUUCAAGCCUGGCCACUCUUCUGGCCGUUCUUCUAUCCAUCAUGGGCGUGCGAGCUUUGGGAGAAACAGACCUAAACCCAGUUUCCGGGAUCAGCAAACUCACCCAACUGCUCUUCUCACUGGCGACGCCAUCAUCCCAUUUUUCACGCCGCACAGCACUAGUCACGAACUUGAUGGCUGGUGCAGUUUCCGAGUCCGGCGCCCUACAAGCCGGCGACAUGAUGCAGGACUUGAAAACGGGCCACCUGCUUGGAGCAAGCCCUAAGGCCCAGUUCUACGGCCAGGUAAUCGGUAGCCUUGUCGGUGCAGUACUUUCCACCGCUGUCUACAAGAUGUAUGUCAGUGUAUAUGAGAUCCCGGGGGAGUUGUUUCAGACACCUACCGCGUACGUUUGGAUCUUCACCGCACGCCUGGUCACAGGCCAAGGCUUGCCGGAGAUGGCCUGGCAGUCAUCCAUGAUAGCCGGCAUCAUCUUUGUGGGCAUCACCAGUCUCCGGAUUGCCGCCGCAUCCCCGUCCUUUGCGCGCGCCGGCCAGCCACCUGCCUGGAGAGCGUGGAUCCCGGGCGGCAUCGCCGUCGCGGUGGGAAUUUUCAACGUCCCCUCGUUCACACUGGCGCGUGCUAUUGGCGGCAUCAUCGCCUGGUGGUGGUCGCGCGAGCACUCCAAGCCUCCUCACCACGCACCAAGCGCCCAUGGUGAUGGCGCCGUUUCGACAGAGGCUCAUGCAGAGGCAUAUUCACAGCGCGUGGAACUAUCGCCCGCUGAGCAGGCCGCAGAGAAAGCCGACGCUGCCUCAUCGACUGUUGUUGUUUUGGCAUCGGGUCUCAUCCUCGGCGAGGGUACCCUAAGUAUUGUCAAUCUCCUACUAGCCAGUGGGCGUGUCCCACAUUUCUAA